GCGGAAACCAUUUUUCUGUUUGUUCUGCUACCAACCAGACCUUCGGUGCAUCUCAAAGCUGGGUACGCGCUCCGCGUCCGUUGCCAUGACGCCGAGCGUAAACAUGAGGACGAGCGGAAGUGAUGGACGGCCAACUGAAGCGCUAAUGUCGUUUUUUAUAACCAAACCGGGCGGAUCAUCCUGCUGAAACUCUGGAGGAAGCUCAGCAGAGGUUACCGCGGAGGUAUGAAGUCUGUCAGCAGCAAAGUGGAGGUGUUUGUCCGGAUCAGACCGACGGCACACUUUGCCCAAAACCUCAUUGAGUAUCCUCCUGACGGACAAACGGUGAACAUCCACAACAGGAAAGACCCCAGGAAUCUGGCACUGAACAACCAGCCGAGCUCCUGGUCUUUCCAGCUGGACGGGGUCCUGCAUCACGUUUCCCAGGAGGAGGUGUACGCCCGAGUGGGCCGACGGGCCGUACUGGGAGCACUGGAGGGCUACAACGGUACUGUGAUGUGUUUUGGGCAGACAGGCGCUGGAAAGACCUACACCAUGACGGGAUCCACAGAAUCAUACAAGCAGAGAGGCAUCAUCCCCCGAGCCCUUCAGGAGGUGUUUCAGCAGGUGGAGAAAAGGUGCGAGUACACCUUCUCCGUGCACCUGUCCUACCUGGAGAUCUACAAUGAGACCCUGGUCGACCUGCUGUCCUCGCCGCGCGGCUCCUCAGACCCGCCUGCACGGGGCAUGGUGGUGAUGGAGGAGCCGGGCAGAGGGGUCUUCAUCAGGGGUCUAACUCUGCACCCGGUCCACAGCGAGGGGGAGGCCCUCAACCUGCUGUUUGAGGGCGAGAUGAAUCGCAUCAUCGGAGCUCAUGCCCUGAACAAGAACUCGUCCAGGUCCCACUGCAUCUUCACGGUGCACAUUGAGUCUCGCUCCCGGACCCUGUCAGAUGCCAAGUACGUCACCUCCAAGCUGAAUCUGGUGGAUCUGGCCGGUUCAGAGAGGCUUGGAAAGACCGGAUCAGCCGGUCAGGGGUUGAAGGAGGCCAUGUACAUCAACAAGUCCCUGUCGUUCCUGGAGCAGGCCAUUCUGGCCCUGGCAGACCGUCGCAGGGACCACGUUCCCUUCAGACAGACCAAGCUCACAUACGCCCUCAAAGACGCACUGGGCGGAAACUGCAACACUGUCCUCGUGGCCAACAUCUACGGUGAGGCCGCGCAGAUUGAGGAAACACUGUCGACUCUGCGUUUUGGCAGCAGAAUGAAGCGUGUCCAGACUCACCCCACCGUUAACGAACACAUAGACCCGGCGGCUCAGAUCAAGAAACUUGAGAAGGAGGUCCAGAUGCUGAAAGAAGAGCUGUCCAUCUACCAUGGUCUUGCGGUGCGGCCGUCCAACGUGUACGAGCCGCUGUCCGACGCCCAGGUGGCUGAGAUCCAGAGCCAGGUGCGGAGGUACUUGAACGGGACCUCGAAGGAAAUCAGCAUUAUUAGCAUCCGGCAGCUCCAGGAGGUGUUUGCCCAGUUCAAGCUUGCUGUGGAAGAGCAGGCAGCGAAGGUGAAGGCUCAGCUGUGUCAGACCUACAACCUGGUGGAGAAAAAACAAAACGCCCGCUCAGCUGGAGUCAAGGCUGAUUCCACAGACAGCAUGGUGGAAACGGAAGAUGGCGCAGGUGUACAGAGGCAUGCCGGUCCUGGCAAGAGCAAAGCUAAAAAGUACAGGGACGCGAUCACGGCGAGGCAGGGUAAGAAACAGGGUGCAGGGAGCCCAGUAACUGUGAUGCCAGUGGCGAGUGCAUCCAGACCCAAGCAGGUCCGCAUCCAGACCCCGGAGAGGGAGCAGGAGGCCCAGGAGCCCGACAUCCAGAGCCAGGACACGCAGGAGUCACCGCCUCCGAGCAAAGAGCCCGCAACCACCGACGCCCCUCCACCUAAAGCGGAGGCCUUUGAGGCCUUUAAGGUGGGGCAAGGCGGCGAGCUCAACCACAUCCUGAAAGAGAACAAGGCUGUGCUGCUGGAGCGCCACGCCCGCCUUCGACAGCUCACUGAGGAGGUGAACACCGCCAAGAGAAAGAUCGACCGCACCACAGCAGCCAUAGAGCGCUACAAAGAUAAGAGAGCACGCCAAGGUCAGUUUGUGAGCGCAAAGGGAGAGCCGGUGCUGGGCGAGCCAGAGAUCAGCCUGGUGCCGCACCUCCGAGAGCUGAAAGCUCAGUACCGGCAGCGAUACGAGGCGCUGCGCAGCACCACGGCCGAGGUCAACUACUGCCAGCACCUGGUGGACCAGUGCAGGGUGCGCCUCCUCAACGAGUUUGAGAGCUGGUAUAAGGAGACUUUCCGGGUGCCUGAGGAGGUGCUUAACGUGCCAAAACCAGAAGACCCUGUGCAGCCUGGGAUCGGUGCUCUGCACAAGAGCAUAGCACAAGCGGAGGAGGACCAGGAGCUUUUCGAGCGGCUGCAAUGUGAGCGUCUUGGCGACAGCCCCAGAGCCAUCUCCUUCUAUAAUGCCCGGCAAAGGACCCAGAAACGGAGGAACAGCAGACGUUUGUCCCUGACUCCGGUGUAGAGGAGCACAUCCAGCCGGUCUGGAUGAAAAAAAGCUCCCCCCAAUCCACCCAGUUGCCUGAAAGAGGUGUGUGUGUGCAGUGGAAAAUUCAAGAACCACGGCAUCGAGGCAAGAGCUUAAAGCAGAACUCCACCCUCAAACUCUGUUACACUGCCAAGUGUCGUCUACGAUGUUCAGUACGUUCCCAGAUUUAGUUUUUUUUUUUUUUUUUCCAAUGAUAGAAUUCGUGUUUUUGUUUUUGCCUUCUUUGCUUCAAUCAGCCUUAUUCUGUUGUACUUCUGGUGGAAGUUUCCUACAUUUCCCAGAGAGACCCACCAAAAGUGCACCACUAAUAGUGUUUUUAAGUGUUUUAGGGUGGAUUUUUCCUUUAAUUGCACACAACAAGCGUUUCCUCUUUAUCAAAAUGAGGACGCCACGUAAUGUCGUAUUUCUUUAUGAUAUUGUAGAUAUUUUCUGUGUGUGUACUAUGAUUUUGUGGCAGAAUAUAAAGAGAUCAAACACAAAAGACACUAUGCAAUGAAUCAGCUUGUUAAAUGAAAAGUAAAAUUUAUUAUUCCUGAACCACAAAAUAGACUUCUUUGGUUGUACAAAUUCACUAGUUACAGUCUUGUAUGAGCUCUAACCCUUGACCCUAGCACUUCUGACCCUGGCCCUCCAACCUAUUUGGAAGUAAUAGCCCCCAAAGAGAACUCAAGACAAAAGAAAAACACAAAGUUGAAACACUGCAUUAAUAAUGUAGUGAAUCCCACUUGUCUGGAAAAUAAAGGUUUACCUACUGUAAGAUAAAAAAAAAAAAAAGAAAACAAAAAAAGAUACCAGCCAUUCGCAAAUGUUAUCAACCAAACUGAAUUUCAGUCAGUGAGAGCAACAUGGAAAGCUAUGAUUAGUAGACCCUACAUUAAAUUAACAGGUAUGCUACUGUGUUGUGAUUCUGCAAAAUACCCGUCAGAUGCAUAAACUGACAGCGAGUCAAGCAGUGAAUCGAAUGACCGAUGGAGACAGAUGUCUUGAGAAGGGAUUACAGAUCGCUUCUGCCUCUCGAGGCUCUCCCGUUAAUAAACCAAUAUACAUGCAGAGAGCGUCCCGGGACCAAGCCUGCCCAAACCCAGGUGCGGGAGCAGUCCAGACGCUUGCUUGGUGUGGGCCAAGACUGGCUCAGUUUCAAACCUAAAGUUUGCUUUCCGUUCAGUAUUUUUUACAUUAUUCACACAACAAUAAAGGAUUUUUCAGUGGCAUCAGAUUUAAAUUAACCAAAGACAGAU